UAGCAGCCGCCGCCCAUCCCUCUUUGUGUGCUUUGGAAAGCCGCGGAGCUGGUGGUGGCUACGGUUGGUGUUGGGGGCUUAGGCGAGGGACGUUAUCGGGAAGUUGCAGGAGGGAGGACUCUUCCCCAUCCAGUCACCUGACAGGUGGGUUGACUGUUCUUCCCUCAAGGCCUCCCUGCCUGUGUUCCACGUCGCAACUCGAAGGGCGGCUUGGCAGUUCCUGCUGACAUCCCCGCCCGGCCCGGCUUUGGGGAGGAAAAGCGGGGAGACCUGGGUGCGGUGACUCAUUGCGGCCCGGCGAGAGGAGUCCACUCCUUUCCCUUCUCGACCCUCCAGAGGCGGCCUGGGGAGCCUUGAGGCUUGUUCGGCGCUCACUGGCUUCUUCUCCUGGACGCCUUGCCCUGGACCGCGCCCUCCUGGCCGUGACCCCAGGGGAGAAAGUGAUUCGUUUUCGCCUUGCCCCAUUUUACAAAUUAAGGCCAUCUGUACUUGCCUUGAUAGUGUCUCCCCUCCCCUUAUGUGUGAUGGAAAGUCCCCGAACAUGGAGGUUCUAGCACAAAACUCUAGAGACUUUCUCUUCUCUUGAGUUUUAAGAACGUGAACAUGUCAGUCAUGAAGGUCACAAACAUGUCAGACAAAAGUGAAUUAAAGGCUGAGUUGGAACGUAAGAAGCAGCGACUGGCCCAAAUCAGAGAGGAAAAGAAGAGAAAAGAAGAAGAAAGGAAAAAAAAAGAAACUGAUCAGAAGAAGGAAGCUGUUGUUCCUGUGCAAGAAGAAUCAGAUCUUGAAAAAAAAAGAAGAGAAGCUGAAGCAUUGCUUCAAAGCAUGGGGCUAACUCCAGAAUCCCCCAUUGCUGAGCAACCUCUCCGUGUAGUAACAGCGGAUACCUGUCUAUUUCACUAUUUAGUCCCUCCUCCUAUGUCUCCAUCCUCCAAAUCUGUGAGCACUCCAAGUGAAGCUGGAAGCCAAGACUCUGGAGAUGGCGCCGUGGGAUCUAGGACGCUGCAUUGGGAUACAGAUCCAUCAGUUCUUCAGCUUCACUCAGAUUCCGAUUUGGGACGAGGACCUAUUAAACUUGGAAUGGCUAAAAUCACGCAAGUCGACUUUCCUCCUCGAGAAAUUGUCACAUAUACAAAGGAAACUCAGACUCCAGUUAUGGCUCAACCCAAAGAAGAUGAAGAGGAAGAUGAUGAUGUAGUGGCUCCUAAACCACCUAUUGAACCUGAAGAAGAGAAAACUUUAAAGAAAGAUGAGGAAAAUGAUAGUAAAGCUCCCCCUCAUGAGCUGACUGAAGAAGAAAAGCAACAAAUCUUGCACUCUGAGGAAUUUUUAAGUUUCUUUGACCAUUCUACAAGAAUUGUAGAAAGAGCUCUUUCUGAGCAAAUUAACAUCUUCUUUGACUAUAGUGGGAGAGAUUUGGAAGACAAAGAAGGAGAGAUUCAAGCAGGUGCUAAACUGUCAUUAAAUCGACAAUUUUUUGACGAACGUUGGUCAAAGCAUCGGGUUGUUAGUUGUUUGGAUUGGUCAUCUCAGUAUCCGGAGUUACUUGUGGCUUCCUAUAACAACAAUGAAGAUGCCCCUCAUGAGCCUGAUGGUGUGGCCCUUGUAUGGAAUAUGAAAUACAAAAAAACUACCCCAGAGUAUGUGUUUCACUGCCAGUCAGCUGUGAUGUCUGCCACGUUUGCAAAAUUUCAUCCAAAUCUUGUUGUUGGUGGUACAUAUUCAGGCCAAAUUGUGCUUUGGGAUAACCGUAGCAAUAAAAGAACUCCAGUGCAAAGAACUCCACUGUCAGCAGCUGCACACACACACCCUGUAUAUUGUGUAAAUGUUGUUGGAACACAAAAUGCUCACAAUCUGAUUAGCAUCUCUACUGAUGGAAAAAUUUGUUCAUGGAGCCUGGACAUGCUUUCCCAUCCACAGGAUAGCAUGGAGUUGGUUCAUAAACAGUCAAAAGCAGUAGCUGUGACAUCUAUGUCCUUCCCUGUUGGAGAUGUCAACAACUUUGUUGUUGGGAGUGAAGAAGGUUCUGUGUACACAGCAUGCCGCCAUGGCAGCAAAGCUGGAAUCAGUGAGAUGUUUGAGGGGCAUCAAGGACCAAUCACUGGCAUCCAUUGUCAUGCAGCUGUUGGAGCAGUAGACUUCUCACAUCUUUUUGUCACUUCAUCGUUUGACUGGACAGUAAAGCUUUGGACAACUAAGAAUAACAAGCCUUUGUAUUCAUUUGAAGAUAAUGCAGACUAUGUUUAUGAUGUUAUGUGGUCACCUACCCACCCAGCCCUGUUUGCCUGUGUGGAUGGCAUGGGGAGAUUGGAUUUGUGGAAUCUCAAUAAUGACACAGAGGUACCAACUGCCAGCAUUUUUGUGGAGGGUAAUCCUGCUCUUAAUCGUGUGAGAUGGACCCAUUCUGGCAGAGAGAUUGCUGUGGGUGAUUCUGAAGGACAGAUUGUUAUAUACGAUGUGGGAGAGCAGAUUGCUGUUCCCCGCAAUGAUGAAUGGGCACGGUUUGGCCGAACACUUGCAGAAAUUAAUGCAAACCAAGCUGAUGCAGAGGAGGAAGCAGCUACCCGAAUACCUGCUUAGUUCCUGAAAAGGGGAGUGUAACUAGUGGAUUUGGGAAAGGUUCUUAAGUAGAUCCCGAGACUAUUUGCAUGCUUCUAUCUAAAUGAUAAUUAAAAGGAAAUUUCAUGGAUUAAACCAUGGGUUUAAUGCAGCAAGGAAACUUAAAAUGUCCCUUUAUAUGUAACAUGCAUCUUGUUUUGGAUUUGUGUCAUUUUUUAAUAUAGCUUAUUGACUUCACAGAAAGCAGCUUUUUUGAAUUCUAACACACAGGUGUGUAUUUGGUAUUAGUUAUUUUGAGUUCUUUUCAACUUAUAACACUAUAUACAGUUAUUUCUAAAGCACAGAUGAAAUAAGUUCUGCAUAUUUUUAAAUAAUCACAGUUCCCUGUUAUACAGAUAAUGUUCUCACUACCCGUAAUACGUAGGACCAUUGUUUCUCCUUAGCCGUAGUAUGCAUACACCUAUCCAUGUUCAUUCUGACAUCCUUUGUUGUCUUUAUAAUUCAUGUGGUAGUUACCUAUAAAUAAAAACAAAUAUGUGUUAA